AUGAGCUCAAUGCCCGCCUCGUCAACAUCUCUUCCUUCUCCCUCAGUCUUUUCUGAGCGUCGGAUUUGGAGGAGUUUCUCAGGCCUAUCGACCUCGUCGCAAGCCCAGCGCCCGGCCUCCGACAAUGGCCAGGCUCCGGUGAUUACGGAGGAGAUCAGUGAAAUCAAGCGAUACGAAGACUUUACAACUAUCGACUGGGUUCAGGAUGCGGUACACGAACAAGCACGACGACGAGUGAAACGACAUGAACGAUUUGGGUUUUGGGAACGAGAAAGCACAUUCAAAUGGAGACAGAAAGUACGGGAGUCCUACGAUGCUGGCCAGGCCUGGCUUGUGAUCACUAUCGUGGGAGCGCUGAUUGGGUUGAUUUCGGCGGUUCUGAAUAUUAUCACCGAGUGGCUGUCGGACAUCAAGUUGGGUUAUUGCUCGACUGCGUUCUAUCUUAAUGAGCAGUUCUGCUGCUGGGGUGCCGAGGGAGGAUGCCCGGAGUGGAAUACCUGGACCUCGCUCUGGAUUGUGAAUUACUUUCUAUACACCUUCUACGCGGUCCUGUUUGCCUUCAUAGCUGCAAAGCUAGUCAAAUCGUUCGCACCAUACGCCGCCGGGUCGGGUAUCUCCGAGAUAAAAUGCAUUAUCGCUGGGUUCGUCAUGAAAGGCUUUUUGGGUGGAUGGACACUGUUGAUAAAGUCAAUUGCUCUCCCACUGGCCAUUGCGUCUGGCCUCUCCGUGGGUAAAGAAGGUCCCAGUGUCCACUUUGCUGUCUGUGCUGGAAAUGUUGUCUCGCGGCUCUUUAGCAAAUAUAAGCGGAGUGCAUCUAAGACCAGAGAAGUAUUGACGGCGACUGCGGCAGCUGGUGUGGCUGUUGCGUUUGGAAGUCCCAUUGGGGGCGUUCUUUUCUCACUUGAGGAAGUAGCAUCAUAUUUCCCCCUGAAGACCUUAUGGCGAAGCUAUUUUUGCGCUUUAGUUGCGACGGGAGUGCUAUCCGUGAUGAACCCUUUCAGAACUGGACAAAUGGUCAUGUUUCAGGUACAAUAUGACCGGUCCUGGCACUUUUUCGAGUUGAUAUUCUUUAUUAUUCUUGGUAUAUUUGGCGGAUUGUACGGCGCGUUUGUAAUCAAGUGGAACCUCCGCGUCCAGGCUUUUAGGAAAAAAUAUCUUUCCCAGCACGCCGUGGUAGAAUCUGUGGUUCUGGCUGCCAUUACGGCAGUGAUCUGUUUUCCGAAUAUGUUUUUGAAGAUAAACAUGACCGAAAUGAUGGAAAUUCUGUUCCAUGAAUGCGAAGGUGGCCACGACUACCACGGUCUUUGCGAAUCCAAAUACCGAUGGUCGAUGGUUGCGUCGUUGGCCACUGCUACAAUCUUGCGGAUAUUCUUGGUUAUCAUCUCUUACGGUUGUAAGGUGCCUGCUGGUAUUUUCGUACCUUCUAUGGCUAUAGGAGCGUCCUUUGGCCGUAUGGUCGGGAUUAUGGUCCAGGCUUUGCAUGAAUCAUUCCCAGACUCAAAGUUCUUUGCAGCUUGCGAGCCGGAUGUUCCAUGCAUUACCCCAGGGACAUACGCCUUCCUGGGAGCUGCAGCCGCGCUUAGUGGGAUCAUGCACUUGACCAUCUCCGUGACUGUCAUCAUGUUCGAAUUAACAGGAGCGUUGACCUACAUUCUUCCUACCAUGAUUGUGGUUGGUAUCACUAAGGCUGUUGGGGACCGCUUUGGCAAUGGUGGCAUUGCAGACCGCAUGAUCUGGGCUAACGGAUUCCCAUUCCUUGAUAACAAGGAAGAUCACGUCUUUAAUGUGCCAGUGUCCCAUGCUAUGACCAACGAGCCGGUCUCUCUACCCGCAUCCGAUUUCCCUGUCCGUGAAGCAGAGCACCUCCUGAAUGAUAAUAAAUUCCAAGGGUUCCCGAUUGUCGAAGACCGUUCGAGCAAGAUUCUAGUCGGGUACAUUGGCCGCACAGAGCUCCGGUACGCCAUUGAUCGAGCUAGAAUGGAGGGGAUCCUGUCACCUAAUGCGCGAUGCGCGUUUACCAAGGCAGCCGCUGAUUCUUCUGUUGCACGUCGGGCGUCCUCUGUCUCCAGACAUGAUCUGAUCCCCGAAACCUUUGACGCUAUCCAGAGCAGCGUGGGCACGAGCCACAUCGACUUUAGCAGAUAUGUCGAUCACACCCCGCUGACCGUCCACCCUCGUCUUCCAUUGGAAACCGUUAUGGAGAUCUUCAAGAAGAUGGGUCCGCGUGUCAUCUUGGUUGAGCACCGCGGCCGCCUUACUGGCCUUGUUACGGUCAAGGACUGUCUCAAAUAUCAGUUCAAGGUCGAAGCCGAGGAGCAAGCUCUGGCCGCGACCAACCCACCGCAACUUCCACUGGGGGCACACUCCAAUGGAAAAAAUACCGAUUCACUCGAAGAACGCGUCUGGCAUUUCCUGCAGAAGGUGGGGUCGCUUCUACCUGGGCGACGACGCGAGAAUCGACCUGCUCCGGUGGAAGAUCGGUCCACGAGUGGGAUCCUACACGGAACGGAGGAUGAGCAUGACGACGACGGGAUGGUGGAGCUAGAGGAGCGCCCGUAA